UGCCUCGUGUGUGAUACUAAGAAGCACUUCAGCCAGUUCCCAGGCCAGACAAAGGUCUCUUCACACGAUCACGGUGCCAACGUCUGUCGUCCUUGUUAUUUCAGCCACCUAAAGGUCGAGAUUGACUCCAAGAACUGGGACGAAGUUGCAUGCCCAGAAUGCCCGAUCAAGUUGACCUACCAAGAAGUCGAGCACAUGACGAACGCUGAGCACUUUGCCAAGUAUGAGCGAGCAUCUAUCAGGGCAACCCUCGCUGCAGACCCUGACUUCAGAUUUUGUUUCUCUUCGGCCUGCGAAUCAGGUCAGCUACAUCCGGGUGGCGCAAGUGAGCCCAUAUUCUCCUGUCAGGUGUGUAGACACAAGCAUUGUGUCGUCUGCGAGACAAACUGGCAUGAAGACCAGACCUGCGAAGAGUUUCAGGCCGAACUUCACCGCAACACCGAGAACGACGAAAAGUCAGAGAAGGAAGUUGAAAAGAUCUCGAAGCCAUGCCCUGAAUGUCGUGUUCCCAUUCAGAAGAACAACGGCUGUGACCACAUGACUUGCUCGAGAUGCCGCCAUCAAUUCUGCUGGAUCUGCUUGGCGUCGUACACCCAUAUCUACAGAGACGGUAACCAACGCCAUGAGAAGAGUUGCACGCAUUAUCGUGCGGCU